AUGGAUUUUUCUCCCCUGCCGGGGCCGUGCCGAUCGAAAUAUCGCCGGAACGCGGUCGUAAUCGACUAUAACGUCUUGCCGGUAAGACCGGACAUCGAAUCCGUUUCGAAGUUCAUCUCCAACGACCUUCAACUGGAUUUGAAACGAGUUAAAAACCUACAACUCAACAAUUCCCGAAACCACGUCAUCAUCGAGCUGGGAUCGCCGGAGGAAGCUUCGGAUCUAGCCGAACGCCAUAACCUAAAACACAAGGUAGGAUGCAGAGGCAAAUUGUUCCGGAUACCUAUUUUCCUGGAGGACAAUUCCAUCCAAGUCCGCGUCCACGAUUUGCCGCCGCACAUGCCGAACGAAAUAAUCGCCACCCAUCUCGAGGCCUACGGGGAAGUCAAUUCCAUUCGGAGAGAAGUCUGGCGAGAAUAUUUUCCAGGCAUUCCGAACGGAGUUCGAGUUGUCCGGAUGGUUCUGGAGAAGCCAAUUCCUUCCUUUAUAAAGGUAGAGGAAGAAGUUGGCUACAUUUUGUACAACCAGCAAGUUAAAACUUGCCGCCAUUGUGCGAAACCACUUCACCACGGGAAGAAGUGUGACGAAAAUUUUGCGUUAACCCCAACAACAACAACAACAACACCAGCAGCACAACUACUAGCACCAACACUACCAGCAUUAUCACCACCAGUAUCAACACCAUCAGCAACAGCGAUAGAAAAAGAAAUAGCACCAGAAAAAACACUGCCUGAAAUAGUACCACCAACAACAACAACAUUUUUGCCAUCGACCUCGGUCAAAAAUCACCAAACAACACCAUCAGAUCAGACAAUGGAUAUUUCUCCAGAGGACGACGACGACAACGAAACAGCAAAAACGGUGAAACCCAAGAGAAGAUCGCGAAGAAAAAAGCCCUGGGAUCCUCACUGGAAUCAUCUAUAUGACGACUGGUAG